UGUUUUGUAUCUGGAUUGCGUUCUGUUGCGUUAGGAAACGUUGCGAAAAAUGAGUAAAUAUUAUUGUGUAUAGUUUAUCAUGACUUCGAUAGUAUUUCCGCAAAAGAAUAUGGACAAAUCAAGUAUUUAUGAGCAAAUAACAGAAAAAAUAUUACUUUAAUGAACCGAUCUAUUUUCUUUUACAUUUAGUUGGUUUAUAUUCUUUUUACAACUCUCAAGAAAUAAACUUAAAGAUAUAUAUAUAUUUUUUUCAAAUGUAAUGUAUUUUGACUGAGACUCAUUUGUACUGCAUUUGCUAUAGAAAUAAUAGUUCAGAUUUUUAUUUAUAAUGUGGAAGAAAUUGAAAGGAGGAAGAAGACAAAUACUUCAGUUGGAAGAAAAGAAACGCCCUAAAGAUUCAUCUAAGUCAAAGGUGAAGAGUUUAAUACAUUACAGUGACAGUGAUGAUGAUUCAAAAAAAUCGAAUGAAUCUGAAAGUUCCUCCUCAUCAACAGCACAAACUAAAAAUGCUGCACCUUUAGAAUCCCAGAUAGCUGACUUUUUCAAGGAAAUUGAUGCAUUGUCUGUACCUGAAGAAAUAUUGAAAGACACAGAUAAAAUAACUUCAACCUGUAAAACGGAAAACGUAAAAGAUCAUACUCCUAAAACCUGCAGUUCAGAUGCUGCUGUUCAUUUGCAAGCUUCUACUUAUAGAGAGGACAGUCAUUCUGUUGCACCAAAUACCUACUGCCCUUGGCAAGAAAUUUGUGAUAGCUCAACUGGUUACAAUUAUUACUGGAAUGUGCAAACAAAUGAGGUCACAUGGGAUUGUCCUCCAGAAUAUGCUGCUUAUGUUAGAUCUUUUAAUGAAGUUACUGAAAAAGCUAUUCCUGCUUCCCAAAACGAUAAAAAUACUGAUGGAACAGAAAAGAAAAAGAAAAAUAAUAUUGUAGUACCUGAAGGGGCAAUAAUUCCGAUAUCUUAUUUUGGGGAUUCUUCAUCUUCAGAUAAUUCAUCUGAUUCUGAGAGUGAAGCGACUAAUAAGAACACAAAGUUUGAAAAAUUAUAUGAAAUAAAUAAAAAUAAAACUGUUGAAAAAGUAGAUUCAACAAGUAAAUCUAAUGAAGCAGAGGUCAGUGAAGUUAAAGGUCCUUCUUUUCCUCACUGUUACCAAUUUCCACACAGUGAAUCUGUUAAAAAAGAAACAGAUUCACAAAUGACAAUCUCUCAAAAUCCGGUUUCUGAAGUUGUUAAAAUUGACUCAUCACUACCUCUCAAAACUUUGAAUGACAUAACAGAAACACCGUCACAAUCUAUCUUAGAUGAGUUACCUGCGGAAUCAUCAACUCAUGAAGCUUCAUGGAAAAAUUCACUAAAAGAUGCAGAAAAAAAAAGUGUGCAGUUGAAUGAAAAAGCUGGUGAUGAAAGUCCAGAUUCCUCUGUGAACAAGGAGGAAAACUCUCUUAGUCAUAAUGCAUAUCAAGUUAUCAAUAAUACUUAUGGCUUUAGGCCAGUGGUUGAUUAUGACAGCUUUACAGAUGAGGAAGAAGAAAUUUCUGUUGCUAGUAUAUCAUCAUCAAAACCAAAUGAAGAUAAAAAAAAUUGUGAAAUUAAGUCUUCAAGCCAACAAGAACAGGAGAACAUAACUGAAAGUGCAACAAAGCUGUUUAUUGGAGCUCAAAAUAAAAUAAGCAGCUUUAAGAGGAAAGCUUCUGAAGUGUUAACAGAAAGUACAAAAAAUGAGGAAUUAAUUAAAAAACCUAAAAGGAAUGAUGUGAAUAUCGAUAGCUUAUUUUCAUCUCAUUCUUCCUAUGGGAAAUAUGGUUUUGGAUUUGGGUGGAAAAAACCUGUAGAUGAACAAAAUGAUGAAUUAUUUACUACAGGUACUCAAAGUAACAGAACUCGCAAACAUAAGAGUGAAUUUAAAAAAGUUAAUUUUAUAAAAUCUGAGGAUAUUCUUGAUUUGAAAACAUUAAAUAAUGAAACCAAUCAGGCUUUAGUUGAUGAGCCUGUGCUAACAAAUACUGAAUGUGGCCGAUCCAUUGUCUCAGAACAGAAUGAAAAACCUCUUCGAAAUAAUGAGGAACUAUUGGAGAUUGCUCCAGCUAAAGAAAAUGUAAAAAUUUCUAGUGAUUGUGAUGUAGAUUCUUCAAGUAUAAUUAGUAUAAAAGAUAAAAUUGACUUUUCUAUGUUAAGCAAAAAGAGGAAAAAUACUAAAUCCAUUUUUAAUGCUGGAACCACUUCACUAAAAAUAGAUGAUGAUUUAGAUGAAAUUGAUAAGGCCUUAUGUGAAGCUUUAGAUGCCAAGAAAUCCUCAAAAAAGGCUUUUGUGAAGUCUGCAUCUCCAGUUUCUGAUGUUCCAAAUACAUCCAAAAAUAUGGUAGAAUCUACUACAUCAGUUGGAAUACUUCAAGAGGCAGAACCUGUUUGUAAAGAUGCAGUUGAUACAGAUGCUUUAACUGAUGAAAUUUUAGAGAUUUCUUCUGAAGUAAUUGACAAGGUUACCUUUUUAUUAACUGCUCCAUCCACUCAUGCAUCUUUUAAUGGGGUCUUUUUCCAACUGCAGACACGUUUCGUUGACUGGCAGGCAGGUGCUUUGGACAGUACAUACUUCAUGGCACGACUAAAGGAGUUGGAGCAGUACAUCCAGCAUUAUGAAAUGAGUGUUAUUUCUGGUGAUUGGACAUGCAAGUGGGACAGGGUAAACAAGAGAUAUUUUUUUACUAACAUCAAAACUCAGAAUUCACAAUGGACAUAUCCUGAGGAAAUCUGUAAUGAAGACAAGCCCUCUUCUGUCCAGCGAAAAGCAGAAUCUGCUCCUUUACUAGCUUCUAGUUUCGCGUCAGAGCGAGAUGAUCUUCAAACAGUUUCAUCAUCUUCAACAGCACAUGAAAAUUUUGCCUAUAAAAGUUUUGCACCAGAAUCAAAAGAUAACUCAUCUGGUUCAAGAUGGAUUCUUCAGUGUUCACCCCCACCUCCUCCUCCUGAUACACCUCCUCCACUACCUCAUACUCCUCCACCUGAAAGUCCUCCUCCACCACCUAAAAGUCCUCCUCCUCAGCCCAAAAGCCAUCCUAUGCCACCUCCUGAUAGUACAGAAACAUUGAGAGAACCUGAAGAUAUGGAUAUUGAGAACUCAAAUGAUUCGAGCUCCUUUCUGUUUGUGACUAAUAGAAGGAUAAUUGAUGGUAAAGAAAGAGGAGUGGAUAAUAAAGAAGGAUCGACGUAUUACGUAAAUAUGCCGGAUGGGGAAUUAAAAAAGAAUUCUACUUCCUAUGCCAGUUAUGUUAGAUUGAUUGAAGAUCUGUCUACAACAAAAGGAGGCUAUGAUUAUUUAAUGAAUCUUUCCAAGUCAUCCCGAUCAAGACCUUAUUCUCUUGAUAAUUCUGAGGUUAAUAGUGUGCAUUGGUCUCGGCCAUCUUGUAAUUCUCAAGAAAAAAUUGAUCUGAAUUCAGCUGGCAGUAAAUCAACAAUUACAGAAAUUCCAGCAAAUCUGACAUCAGUAAUUACAGAAAUUCCAGCAAAUCUGACAUCAGCAAUUACAGAAAUUCCAGCGAAUUUAACAUCAACAAUUACGGAAGUUCCAGCUAAUUUAACAUCAGCAAUUACAGAAGCUCCAGCUAAUUUAACAUCAGCAAUUACAGAAGCUCCAGCUAAUCUAACAUUAGUUACAGAAGUUCCAGCUAAUCUAACAUCGGCUGUGAUAGCAGUUCCAACGAAUCUAACAUCAGCAAUAACAGAAGUUUCACUGAAUCUAACAUCUGCAAUAACAGAAGUUUCACUGAAUCUAACAUCAGCAAUAACAGAAGUGCCCGCAAAUCUAACAUCAAUAAUUACAGAAGUUCCUGCAAAUCUAAUUGAAGAAAAAAAUUCUGAUACAUUGCAUCUUAAAAUAACUAAACCAGGGAGUGCAGUAUCAAAGAAAGAAAAAAAGAAGGCAAAAAUACAACUUGGUCUUGGAUUGAAGAAAAAGAACUUACCAUCUCUUGUUGAAAAAUGGCAAAAAAUUAAAGAAGAACAAAUCAGAGAAGAUAGCAUUAAUGAUUGAAAAAGUAUAAAUUCAUUUUAAAUCUUGGUUAACAUAUUUUCAGUAAAUUUUUCUGUGGUAUAAAGUGAACAGUUUUGAAGAAUAUUCGAAGUUCACUACUGUCAGGUAUAAAAACCAUUUUCUCAUUGUUUGUAAAUAAAAAGAGGAAGCAAUAAGUAACUACAAAUAAAGCUAUUUUCAUUUUUUUCGAAA